AUGCCCGGAGCCGCCGCCGCUGCCGCCGCCGCCGCGAUGCUCCCGGCUCAGGAGGCUGCCAAGCUAUACCACACCAACUAUGUGCGGAACUCGCGGGCCAUCGGCGUGCUGUGGGCCAUCUUCACCAUCUGCUUUGCCAUCGUCAACGUGGUGUGCUUUAUCCAGCCCUACUGGAUCGGCGACGGCGUGGACACCCCGCAAGCCGGCUAUUUCGGGCUCUUCCACUACUGCAUCGGCAACGGCUUCUCCCGGGAGCUGACCUGCAGGGGCAGCUUCACGGACUUCUCCACGCUGCCCUCGGGCGCCUUCAAAGCCGCCUCCUUCUUUAUCGGUCUCUCCAUGAUGCUCAUCAUCGCCUGCAUCGUCUGCUUUACCCUCUUCUUCUUCUGCAACACGGCCACUGUGUACAAGAUCUGUGCCUGGAUGCAGCUCACCUCAGGUGAGUGCGCGCUCACCUCCGCGGAGGCGGAGGACCCCGGGGCGCCCGAGCCGGGGAGGGGCCAGAGUGGGAGGGACGGGGGCUGUGCGCGCCACGGUGAGCCCAGCCACCUAAUCCGCUCAGGCGUCGAGGUGUAG